AAUGUUUACAGUUAAGGUGAUUAAGGUGCAGAACUUGGAAACGCUAUUUAAGUUAAUUUAGUAUGAAUGAUCAAUCUGAGGAGAUAAAUAAUGCGGCAAACAAUACCAGGUUGCGAACAUUUAUAGAAGAGAGUAAAGUUCGAUUAAGAGCAAUUUUGGAACGUUUAGAAUGGAAUGUCGAAAAGGAUUUUGUGCUAACCCCAGGUGAGGUGAAUGCAACAAAACCAGAUGUGCAACAGCCCUAUGAUUCUGAGCCAGAGUUUCCUUCAAGUUAUCCCCUUGGCAAUUCUAUAAUUACCGAUGUAGAGGAAUUGAGAAAAAUCGUAAAGGAUGCGGACGCAGAAGUUCCAAGAAAAUUCUCGGACUUGCAAUUGAAGUUUACGCGGCAGCAGAAACUAGCAUUAUACGAGCAUGUUGUAAUGAAUACAGAAAAAUAUACGGGGGCGGAAAUAACUGUGCCGGACGUUGGUGAAGGCACGCUAACAUUUGCCGAAAUCGUAGCACAAAAAAAGCGCGACACAAAAAAACGUCGGCGAUAUCGACAAAGCAAGCCAACACGCAUUGAAGAGGUUCGUGCCGUUGUAGAUCUACAGAUGCAGGCAUUGCAACAAUAUCUUAAUGCAAAAGAAGUGAAAGAGCAGAGACUAGAACCAACACAUAGACAUCGAUCUGACGAAGAACACAUAAAAUCUAGGAUACGACAAUCUCGCGAUCACCUAAAGCAUCAUAAACACCGCAGGAGUAGAAGUAGUAGCCUUGAUGACAAGAGAUCUAAAAAAAGUAGACAUAAAAAUCGAAGCCCUUGUAAGAAAUACAAGGAACAUAUUCGCGAUUCAAGCAGUAUACAAAAAGGAAAAAAGCAUAAAUAUCGCAGUAGAAGCCGUACCAGAAGCCCCAAGAAAAAGAGCCACAAGCGUCGGAGUAGAAGUCAAAGUCGAAGACGCAGCCGCAGUAGAAAGCACAACUCUCACCGAAAAAGUGCCAAACAUAGAAGCCAUGAAUAAAGGCUGCAUCUGCCUUUCUGACUCACGAA